AUGCGUCUGAAGAAUGGCAAAAGGAAGAAAUAUGGAGCAGAUUUGUUGUGAGCAAGAAUAUAUUUAUUUAAACUCCAGGCCAGAGUGUCUGAACACAUUGAUGAUUAUAACAUGGUUAAUUUCACUUGAUUUUGGGAGGGCAGAGUUGCAGUUUCCCUCUUGCUCAUCCACCCCAGUAAAGGACAAUUUCUGUCCUGCAGAGAGCAUGGACAAAAGGGUAUGAAAAAAAUACCUUUCGUGGUUCUGAUUGCCAGUGGAACAUUGGCUGUUCACACUGAAUGUGGUCUUAAUCUAACUACAAAGGCUGAAUUAUGUCAAUGGCUAGACCAAAGAGAUCCAGAGGCAUUCUCCUGUAUUAAACCUCACAAUGGGCCUUGUGAGGCUUUUACCUACCUGAAGACAGCAAAAAGCCAGAUUCAUAUCUCAGCCUCUCUGAAGGUCUUUGAGCACGACUGGAAUGGAUGGUUCAAGACCCAUGUGGCAAUGGAUAAGGAGAGGAAGAUUGAAAUUCAGUGAGAGAUUCGUGGGCACCCCUUUGUGUGUCUUUCUCAUUCUUUUCCAUAAAAAGAUGACAUCACCAAACAUGAAAUCAACAGGUUAGUGGGACAGAAAGACAUGGCCAUAAAGCUGGGCCUGCACUUUAGCUCCUUCCCUAUUGAUGCUUUCAUCAGGAGGGUGAUCGAUGUUCACAAAGCCAUCCCACGCCUUCUACUUAUCCCUGACCCAAAAGUAAUCAUCAAAGCAGAAAACACCAAGGAGAUGCAUAUAGACAUGGAGCAAUUCAGUGACAUUCAUGAAUAUGUCGAAUAUAUGGCAAUGGCAGAUAUUUUUCAGCAGCUGAAGGUGGGUAUCAUUGAUGCCUGGUCUAUGACUAUAGCAUAUGCCAAAAUUCACCCACCAGAUCAUGUGGUUGGGAACCAGAUCAAUAAGCCUAAAACUAAUCAUCAAAGCAGAAAGUGCCAGGGAGACGCACACAGCUCCAGAGCAAUUUGGGGAUUCUGGCUAUGUACCCAAUACCUGGAAAUGAAGGCUGUUUUUCAGUGUCUAAACAUUGGUGUCCCUGAUUCCUGGGCUCUGACUAUCGGCUAUGCCACAACCAGUGUUCACACACCAGAUCAUGUUGUUAGGAAUCAAAUGAAUAUGUUUAACAUACAUCUGUUAAAUAACACCCUAGCUUAUUUAUGGGUUAGCAUGGACUUGUGGUCACAUCGACAAGUUAAAUGGCAGCAGCAUCCUCUUCUAAUGCCUGAUCCAAAGAGCAGUGAAGUCCAUGGACUCAUUUAGCUGUUUCCUAGCCACAGGAACAGCCUGUGAAAACUGGACAUGUUCUAACCAUAAAUU